GGCGAGGAAGACAAGGGUGGGCGAGGUUGGCAGGCCUGUGGUGUGUGUCUGCUGUGGCGUGAGCGGCUCUUUCCUUGUCAUCUCAACUUCGCCGCAAUCAUGGCUCUCCACGUACCAAGAGCUCCGGGAUUUGCUUCCAUGUUAAAGGAUGGAGCCAGGCAUUUCUCUGGCCUGGAGGAAGCAGUGUUUCGUAACAUCUCAGCCUGCAAGGAAUUUAGCAAGACACUCAAGACUGCCUAUGGGCCUCAGGGACGUAAUAAAAUGGUCAUCAAUCAUCUGGAGAAGCUAUUUGUCACCAAUGAUGCAGCAACUAUCAUCAAGGAACUGGAGAUUGAACAUCCUGCAGCCAAGCUGAUGGUGCUUGCAUCCCAGAUGCAAGAGCAGGAGAUGGGUGAUGGCACCAACUGGGUCAUUAUCUUUGCUGGAGCUCUGUUAGAGGCUGCUGAGGACUUGAUUCGCAUGGGCCUCACCCCUACUGAUGUGGCUGAGGGCUACCAGCUGGCUGUUGACAAGGCCCUGGAGUUGUUGCCUUCUCUGCAGUGCUGGGAGGUGACUGAUCCCCGUAAUCUUGAACAGGUGACCAAAACCCUGCGCACAGCCAUCAUGAGUAAGCAGUUUGGUAAUGAAGACUUCCUUGCCAAACUUGUCGCUAAUGCCUGCAUCUCUAUCCUGCCGGAGAAGACCACUUUCAAUGUUGAUAAUGUGAGGAUAUGCAAAAUCCUGGGAUCUGGCCUCCAUAAAUCAGAGGUUGUGCAGGGAAUGGUUUUCCAGCGAACAGUUGAAGGAUCUGUAACUUCUAAAGAAAAGGCCAAGGUUGCUGUUUAUUCCUGCCCCUUUGAUGUGACAACCACUGAGACCAAAGGAACUGUUCUAAUCCAGACUGCUGAUGAACUGGCCUCAUUUUCAAGGGGAGAGGAGAACAGAAUGGAGAAUGAUGUGAAGGCAUUGUCUGAAGCUGGUGUCACAGUAGUUGUGGCUGGUGGCAAGAUUGGUGAUCUGGCCCUCCACUACCUCAACAAGUAUAACAUUAUGGCUGUGCGAGUCACCAGCAAGUGGGACCUUCGUCGGCUCUGUAAAACUGUUGGUGCUACUAUCCUGCCAAAGGUCACUUGUCCCACCCAAGAGGAAAUUGGUUUAUGUGACCGUGUCUUCAUGGAUGAAGUUGGUGAAGUUCCUGUAACAAUUUUCCGACAACAAGCAGAGGAGUCAAAAAUUGCCACCAUAAUCAUCCGAGGAUCCACAGACAAUUACAUGGACGACAUUGAGCGAGCUAUGGUUGAUGCCAUCAACACUUAUAAGGGACUGUGUCGGGAUGGGCGGUGUGUCGCGGGAGGUGGUAGCACUGAGGUUCAGCUGAGUCUUCUCAUCGAGCAGUAUGGAUCACAGUGCCCAGGACUGGAACAAUAUGCCAUCAAGAAAUUCUCAGAAUCUUUAAGAGUGUUCCCUAAGGUGCUGGCUGAUAACUGUGGUGCAGCUCACCAAGAGACUCUCUCCAACCUGCUGGCAGCUCAUACUGAGGGAAAGAAGAAUGCUGGAUUUGAUUGUGAAAAUGAGGGAGCUGGAGUAAUUGAUGCAGCAGAGAAGGAAAUCUAUGACCUCUACCUCACCAAGUACUGGGCCAUGAAAUAUGCUACGUCUGCUGCCACCCAAAUUCUUAGGGUGGACCAGAUCAUCAUGGCCAAGAGAGCUGGUGGACCAAAACCAAGAGGAAUGGGUGCCCAGGAUCCAGAUGAUGAUUAAGCUUGUGCUGUGUUGAAGUAAAUCAUGCAUAUGAUUUAAAUUUCUUUCACUGGCUCAUAUGCUUCUCUGCCUUAAACAUUGUGUUGUUUAUAAGAUAUCAAUGUGAUGUCAGUUUGAAACAUGUCCUUGUAUUAAUCACAAAUAAAUGCCACCGAAGUACUCGCACAUAACACUUAGCUCAUGGCAGUAACAAAAAUUCCUGUUAUAAUGCUUUUUACAUAAAAGUCAUAGAAGUA